UAGUGAAAUCGGUAGUUGAUAAAAUGUUUGACAAUCUUGACAAUCUUGGAAAAUUUUUUGUUAAGAUAGAAGAUUUAAGCAAUGAAUUAGUGCUAAAUUAUGCCGAUAAAAUUUUCAAAAAAUACCGCAAUACGGAGCAAUAUCUUAUCUUUGAAAAAGCCCAAAAUAGGCCGUGA